UCUGAGCAUCUGCAAGUCAUUAAUGAUGAGAAGAACUUCAUGACCCACUUGACAUCUCAAAUAGGACAAUGGGGUCUACGUGAUGCUGACUUCAAUUACAACAUAGUAGCUGUCUUCGGGUCGCAGUCUACUGGGAAGAGUGCACUGUUAAAUAGGCUAUUUGGUACUACCUUUGACAUCAUGGAUGAGACAAGAUGGCAGCAGACUAUGAAAGGU